GCCUCGGUCGCUAAAAGCAUGGUUUCGGUAAACACGUGUUGAGAUGUUUUCUAGUAUUAGGAUUUUCUUAUCUUGUACUUCAAAAUUAAGUGCAAUAUCUGUGAAUACAAAAUGCUUUUUAUCGAAAGUUCCACAGACACCAGUAAGCAAAGUAGAUCCAAAAAAGAAUACAGUGCAAGUCGAUCACUCUACAGUUGAGGAGUUAGAACGUAUUUCUCUUGUUGAUUUUGCUAACGAAGAUGCAAUUAAAAGUUUAGAAGAAGCUGUUCAGUUUGCUGAUCUGUUAUCAACUGUUGAUACAACUGAUGUUGAACCAUUAAUAACGACUUUAGAAGAUAGGGAACUAUAUUUACAAGAAGAUAUAGUAAAAGAUGGAAAUUAUAGAGAUCUCAUAUUAAAAAAUGCUCAGAAUGUAAAGGAAUAUUAUUUUGUUGCACCUAAAGCAAAAAUUCCUAAUGUUGAAAAUGAAGAACAAAAAGAACAUAAACACAAGGAAAAUUAAGUAGUUGCAAGAUUUAUAGGAAAUAAAUUAUU